GAUCCGUUUUUGGUCUAAAUAAAAAGACGGGGGUAAAAAAAGGAAAAGAUUCUGGCGUUUAUAGAUCAGGAGAGUUGGCAAGUUCAGCCGCUAGGCUGCUCGACCCAGGAAAGGUUUCAUCGACCCGUGCGAGGUUAGUGUCGCCAGUCGUCGAGUCGGAUCGAACGGACAACAGUGAUCAAGAGAUACCGGAUCAUCGCUGAUCAGGAGAUACCGUCGUACCUCAUCGAAAGACCCUGGCCGAGAACGACAAAAAGAGCAUGUCCGUUAUCGCCGAGUUCAUGACGGGCCUCCCGUCCUACGACGCCGAGAACUUCUCCAGGUACAACUCAGGAGCGAGGGCCCCGAAGAGGCCGAGCGUCUACCUCACGACGAAGGACAUCCCCGCUCAGCAGAUCAUCGUGACGGAAAAGACCAACAUCCUCCUCAGGUACCUCUCGCGCAAGUGGUCCGACAAAGAGGACAAAUCGAAAAAACGCCAGACGGACAACGCCCAGACUUCGCCCAAGAAGAAGAGGCGCUUGGAAGACUCACCGUGAACGUCUACUCGAUAAAAACAAUUCUCAUCCAAUGAAAAGAAACUGUUUAAGCGUAAAACACAAGUAUUUUCUUUCUGUUUUUAUCCUUUUUCUUCCUAAUAAGUGCGAAAUUAACUAUUUAAGACCAAACAAAAAAAAACUUGUCAGAAGAAAACAUUUUCCCCCUUUCUUUUUAUAAAAAGAGAGAAAAUUAACUUUAAACUUUUAUAAGUCGCUUUUAACCAUAAAUGGACACCAUGGAAAGGUUAACAAAAUAUCGAUUUGUGUACUCCAAUAUAUAUAUUUUUUUUUAUUCCAAAUGUUAUAUACUUUAAACUGUAUUUAUCUUUUUUUUAAGUAAUAUUUUUCAGUAGAAAAUCGCAAAUUUGUUUGUGUAAGCUUGGAACUCGAAAAAAAACCGUACUAGUAAUCACGCAAUUGCCCUGGAUUUGUUCAACACCCCGGAAUCUAUGUGUAACAAAUUGGUGUUCACAGUUUUUGUAACUUUAUAUAAGCUAUUAUAUUAUUAUAUAAAAUAAAUUAUAUUUUUCCGUUAGGCAA